GAGCUGUUCGUUUGGCAAUAGUGCUGAAACAUAUCAGCAGAGGUCAUGACACUCGAUUUUCAAUUUUAUUUCAAUUUCCUUUCCUUUUUGUUCUAAGGUUUUUUUUCUUCUUCUUUUUUCCUUGUGAUCUGAAAGGCUGGUGUUUAAUGUGGCAUGUUGUGAAUCAAUAUUAAAUAUCAGUAUAAUAAAUUAAUGCACAGUAUGAAUAGCUUAUGUAAAUGCAUAUUAUGUCCUGACUCUUUGCACUUUCAGGGUGAUAUCCAAAAUUAUUUAGAUAAUUAUCAAUAUGUAAGCAAAAUAGAAGUAAACAUAAGAGACAAGGGCUCAUUGUCACAGGGAUAUCUCAGUAAUUGUAAGAUUUUGAGUCAAGUAAUCUUCUAGCAUGGGUUUUGUAUGUGUUUUUCGAACAUAUAGUUCAAAACAACCUUACAUUAUAUCAAUUUUUGUGAAUUAAUAAAUACAUUUCCACAUUACAGGCCUAUUUGAAGGAAAACAAUUGAACACAAUAAAAGCAAACUUACACUCAGACAGGAAACUUUAAAGUACAGUACGUGACUGUCAGAAGUAGGCUAGUAGUAUACUGGACAAAACAUAAAUAGUAAAACAAAAAGUAGUAAACAAAAAUGUGACCCCGUUCUCCAGUUUUGCGCUCCUAUCAAUAACAUUAUUAUUAUUAGCCUUCUACUAUUAUUGCUAUUACAAUUCAUUUUUAAUUGUUUCAUAGUUUUCACUUGCUGAACCUCUUUCCAAUAGCCUCUGAAAUCUUCUGGUCGGGCUGGUCGCGCUCCUCCCCCUCCUCCGUCGGAUCUCUUUAUAAAUCCAAAGAGAAAACAUCAUUAUCAGACUGAUAGCAGCGUCUGUCUGAUCCACGCACCUCUCCAUAUUCUACUAUAAAAUCAAGAGCACACAUCCAUGCUCGCCAACAAGCUUGACGGACCUCGUCGAGGACGGUCUUUUGACUCCAUCAAUAAGAGUUACGAAGAGAAGCAACUCAACAAUGAGCUGAAGAAAACUACUUUUCAUAAGACAGACGAGAACAAAGACAAGAUACUUUCCUCCAAGAGGGAACAUGCCGCUAUUGUCUUCUCUCUGAAGAAUGAAGUCGGAGGGCUGGUGAAGGCUUUAAAACUAUUUCAGGACAACCAGGUAAACCUUUUGCAUAUUGAGUCACGUAAGUCCCGACGGCGCAACUCGGAGUUGGAAGUACUAGUGGAUUGUGACAGUGAUCGAGAAACUCUGAAAGAUAUUGUUCAGCUGCUACGCAAACAAACAAGCAUUAUAGAAAUGGACUCACCUGAUAAAUUCUGGACUCCUGUAAAUGAUGCUGAGGUGCCUUGGUUCCCUAAGAAGAUCUCAGAUUUGGAUAAGAGUGCCUGUCGUGUUCUGAUGUAUGGUUCAGAUUUGGAUGCGGAUCAUCCGGGAUUCAAAGACAACAUUUACCGUAAGAGAAGGAAAUAUUUUGCUGAUCUUGCCAUGAGUUACAAACAUGGAGAUCCCAUACCACGUGUGGAGUUUACAGAGGAAGAGGUGAAGACGUGGGGUGUAGUGUUUCGGGAGCUGAAUAAGCUGUACCCCACACAUGCCUGUAGAGAGUACCUGCAGAACCUGCCUCUUCUCACCCAGUACUGUGGCUACAGAGAAGACAACAUACCGCAGCUGGAGGACGUGUCCAACUUCCUGAGAGAGCGAACUGGCUUUACCAUUCGCCCUGUUGCUGGGUACUUGUCACCGAGAGACUUUCUGGCUGGUCUGGCCUUCAGAGUGUUUCACUGUACACAAUAUGUGCGUCACAGCUCAGAUCCUCUCUACACUCCUGAACCGGACACAUGUCAUGAGCUGCUGGGUCAUGUUCCUCUGUUGGCUGAACCAAGUUUUGCACAGUUCUCUCAGGAAUUAGGACUGGCUUCUCUCGGGGCGUCUGAUGAUGCUGUGCAGAAAUUAGCAACAUGCUAUUUCUUCACGGUAGAGUUUGGCCUGUGCAAGCAGGAGGGUUCACUCCGAGCAUACGGUGCUGGACUUCUCUCAUCCAUCAGUGAACUUAAGCACUCUCUCUCAGGCGCUGCUAAAAUCCUGCCCUUUGAGCCCAAGGUCACCUGUAAGCAGGAGUGUCUCAUCACCACCUUUCAAGAUGUUUACUUUGUUUCAGAGAGCUUUGAGGAAGCUAAAUUUAGAAUGCGUGAGUUUGCAAAGACAAUCCAGCGUCCAUUCUCCCUGCGUUAUAACCCGUACACACAGAGCGUAUGUGUGCUGAAGGACAUGCCCAGCAUCAACGAUGUGGUUGAGGAGCUCAGACACGAGCUGGACAUUGUAGGAGACGCCCUCUGUCGACUCAGCACACACCUUGGUGUCUGAAACCAUUAUGACUCUCGCUCAUAUUAAUAGGCUUUUAUUCCUACUAUCUCUUAUAUCAGAGCACGUUACUCAACAUGCAGCACUGCCAUAAUAUUAUCUCGUUAUCUGCCUUCUCUGACUGCAGAGGUGAAUCACUCUUAAUGUCUCUGUGAGCUCCUUUCCUCUGCUACUGAAAAUCUGCCAAAUACCACAAAGCAUUUAAAUAUCCAAGCACUGCUUUCAGGAGAGUCUUUAAGUGCUAAGCUCAGAGUCCUUCACUGCUAUUCAAACAGCACCACCGCAAAAACUACAGCCACCACAUUAUCUCAUGAUCGCUAUAUUCAUAAAGUGUAUAUACUGUACCACUCUGACUUCAGUCUCUGUAAAUACACAAGAAACAUGGAAAUUGUUCAUCCUUGUCUGAUCUUCAAAGACAAAGCUCAGGUUUGAAAAACACUCCUACAGACAUUAUAUCUUGAGACUUUCACACAUUUGUGUUAUAGGUGUAAAAGGAUCAAACUCUAUAAACUAAAACUUAGACUUAACUCUAAAUUCGUAAUUUGUUGUGUAUUCUCAACCAGUUAAAGGUUUUUCCCCAACAUCAAACCUACUGUAUAAUCAAGUAAAUGUACCUAUUUCUUACCAUGAGCUGAAUAAUUUAUUUUUUGGCGUUUGUGAUAUAAAAAUAAGCCUUAUAACCAAAAUGUUUCACCUUUUUCUAAUUACCCUGAUGUGAAUCUGAGGCUGUGGUGUGUAUAUUGUGUUUGUUCUGAAGACUGUAAUAGCCUGUUUGCUGCUUGUCUGUGGCCAUUUAUGUUUUGCUGAAUUAUAGUGAAUAAGUAGAUCAAAAUGUAAUAAAUUAAUGCAUAAAUUAAAUAAUUUAUCAGAAAACUUAAUCUGAAUCACACAAAUGAUUCAGGUGGAAUUAUUGAAACAAAGUAGCUAAAAAAAAACAACAACAAAACAAAAACUUGUUUGUUGGCCUUUAAUCAUCAUCUUCAUGAAUAUUUCUCAUCAAGUUUUUAGACAUUAAGUUAAAAAAUACCCCUCAAAAAUCACAUUUACCAGCAGAGGGCAAUGUUGUUCUAUUAAAGUGAUUACUCAAAUGACUAAAACUGACACUUUACACAAUCAAUACACUCUGAAAUUCAAGUAACACAAUGUUUGCAAAAAUCCAGGCAUAUUUUAAUUGUUUGCAAACAUUUUCAUAAUCGCGGUCAUUAGGCUAUAUGGUGCAUUCUGUCAUUGAGCAAAAAAAAUUCUUUUGAGCAAAGCAUAGGCCUAGUGUUGAUUGCAUUCAUUUUAGGUUUGAUGUAUUUUGCAUUUAUUGUUUGUAGUUUUGUGUUUACAGUUAUGAGAAAAUUACAAUUAUUACUGAAAUACAUAAGCAAACUAAGAACAUGUAGCCUAAUGCUAUGGUAAGAUUUCUAAUGACUGCUUAACAUAUUGGCCCAGUUUCACAGACAAGGCUUAGCCUAAGCCAGUGAAUUAGUUCAAUUAGUGCAAUUAAGUAGCUUUUAUAAACGUUCACUAGAAAAA